AUGGCCAGCCGCUCCUACUGCCUCAGCUCCAGCUGUGGGCCCAAGAACUUCAGCUCCUACUCUGCUGUCAUGCCCAAGCUUGGAGCUCACAGCAGUGUAGGUGCCAUAGCCUCCCAUGGGGGCAGUCCUGGGGGGCUGGGCUACAGAUACCUCCGGUACUUCAGCAGCAGGAGCCUGUGUGCCUUGGGGCCCCCCAGGAUGGCAGUGAGUUGCAGACGACCCCUCCAUAGUGGAUGCAGUAGUUUUGGCUACCGUGCAGGGGACAUCGGUGGACCCAGCCCACCCUGCAUCACCACUGUGAGCAUCAACAAGAGCCUCCUGGUGCCCCUCAAUCUGGAGAUUGACCCCAAUGCACAAUGUGUGAAACAUGAGGAGAAGGAGCAGCUCAAGUGUCUGAACAACAAGUUUGCCACCUUCAUUGAUAAGGUGCGCUUCCUGGAGCAGCAGAACAAGCUGCUGGAGACCAAGUAGCAGUUCUACCAGAACCGCAAGUGCUGCGAGAGCAACCUGGAGCCACUCUUCAGGGGCCACCUUGAGACACUGAGGAGGGAGGCUGAGUGUAUGGAGGCUGACAGAGGGAUGCUGGCCGCAGAGCUCAGUCAUGUGCAGGAAGCAAUGGAGGGCUACAAGAAGAAGUAUGAAGGGGAGUUGGCCCUCAGGGCUGCAUCUGAGAAUAACUUCGUGCUGCUGAAGAAGGACAUUGACAGUGCCUACUUACACAAGGCAGAUCUGGAAACCAAUGUGGAGUCACUGAGGGAGGAGAUGGUCUUCCUACAGUCCCUCUAUGAGCAGGAAAUCUGCUACCUUCAGUCCCAGAUUUCAGAAACUUCAGUUGUGGUGAAGAUGGACAACCACCGGGAGCUCAACAUGGACAUGGUGAUAGCUGAGAUCAAGGCUCAGUAUGAUGACAUUGCAAGCCACAGCCGGGCUGAGGCUGAGUCCUGGUAUCAGACCAAGUGUGAAGAGAUGAAGGCCACGGUGGACCAGCAGGGCGAGAACCUGCACAGAAGCAAGGAGGAGCUGGGCGAGCUGAACCAUGUGAUUCAGAGGCUGACAGUGGAGGUGGAGAACGCCAAGCAGCAGCACUGCAAGCUAGAGGCAGCCAUAGCAGCGGCCGAAAAGCAGGGUGAGGCGGCCCUCACCGAUGCCCGCUGCAAGCUGACCGAGCUGAAGGGUGCCCUUCAGAAAGCCAAGCAGGACAUGGCCUGCCUGCUGAAGGAGUACCAGGAGGUGAAGAACUCCAAGCUGGGCCUGGAUGUGGAGAUUGCCACUUACCACAAACUACUGGAGGGAGAGGAAAGCCGGUUGUGUGAAGGCGUGGGAGCAGUCAAUAUCUGUGUGGGCCGUUCCCAGGGUGGUGUGGUCUUCAGGAACCCUGGUUCCACUGUCUCAUGUGGCUUAGGAGGUGUGGCCAUCAACGGUGGUGUUCUGUGCUCCCCCUCUCUAGUGGGGUCCUCCUCUAGUGCAAGAUUUGUGCGGUUUGCAUAG